AUGUCGAUCCUAUCAACACCAAAGCUCAGGCACUACAACUUUGGCGUCGAGAUCGAGGCUGUCGUGAAGCCCUACGGCGGCGCAGAGAGCUUCACCAACGUCGACUGGUACCGACAACUUGCCCAGAAGCUCCGCAACCGCAACAUUGAAGCUGUACACGACGACUGCUCAAAGUACAGCAAACACCCGGAAUACUACGGUGGCAAAUGGUUUGUCACUAGAGAUGGAUCUCUGAAGAGAGAACGUCCCAUGGUCUGCAUGGAGGUCGUAUCUCCCCGUCUAGACACCAAGCAACAUGUCAGUGGUAUCCUCGGCGACUUCUGGGAAGCAAUGCGUGUACACUUCAGCCCUCAGCGCGACAUCUCCUGCGGCGGCCACGUCCACGUCACACCCGUCUCUCGCCAGAACAAGUUCUCCCUUCGCGGCCUGAAGAAGAUUGCCUUUGCAACGACAGUCUACGAGGAAUUCGUGGCAGCCGUUCUCCCCAAGGUGCGCCGCGAGAACCAGUACUGCCGUCCCAACAGCCAGAGCAUGGGAUCUGGGGUGCACGCGACGCUAUUAGCGCUUGGCAAGAGCAAGAGCACACUUCUCAAGAUUGCGACUGAGAUCAGAUCGAGGACUUCUGAGGCAGAGCUGUGCUACUACAUGCAGGGGAACAGAUAUGUGUUGUGGAACUUCCAGAACAUCUUCCCAAGUCCCAAGACCGGGAAAUGCACAGGCACGGUCGAGUUUCGUGGCGGUAACCAAUUCCUGAGCACAAAGGGGACGCUUGCCUGGGUGGCAUUCGUGAUGGGUUUCAUCACCUUGGCUUUAGAGGAGGAUCUGCUCCACAAGCUUACUAGUUACACUACACCCGACGAUCCAAAGUUCCAGGCACGUCUUGAGUCCUGGUGGAAACGGAUUCGUCAAGCAGCCAGGCAAUCUAAGCUUGGCCGAUACUUACCCUCAGAAUACAUAGAGAUGCAUACAAGAUGA